CGAAUGAUCGAACACGAGAAAAGGAAGUGGAAAAUGAGAGAAAACAUUUGUAUGAAGUUAGUUCGCUAGCGGUGCUUCGUGUAAUCCCAAACAGAACAGAAAGACUGCGCUUCGUUUUAAAUAUUUCUGUAUUGGAUCCUACGUGGUCCGUUAGUCCUCUCGGACUAACCAGUCCCCUUUUUCUUUGUGUGAAGACAGGAACAAAAAGUGCAGCCAGGAUGGAUCCGGCUUUGCUCAGAGAGAGGGAGCUGUUCAAAAAGAGAGCGCUGUCCACUCCAGCUGUAGAGAAGAGACCGGCUGCAUCAGACUCUGGAUCACACAAGAAGAAGAAACCCAAACCAGAUAAGGAGAGCUCCUCUGGCUCCAAACACAGCACCGAAUCCAGUAAUGGAAACUUCAACCUCAAGGCAAGCUCUGGGUACAAGUUUGGCUGCCUGGCUAAGAUCGUCAACUACAUGAAGACGAGGCAUCAAAAUGGGGACACACACUUCCUGACCCUAGAAGAGAUUCUGGAUGAGACCAAACUUCUUGACAUCAGUAUGAAACAGAAACAGUGGCUCAUGACUGAGGCCUUGGUCAGCAACCCAAAAAUUGAUGUUCGCGACGGGACUUACGGCUUCAAGCCCAAAUACAACCUGAAGGAUAAGAAAGCCUUACUGAGGCUGCUGGACAAACACGACCAACUGGGUCUGGGUGGGGUGCUGCUGGAUGACGUGGAGGAAGGACUCCCCAAUGCAGCCAAGGCCAUCAAGGCGUUAGGGGAUCAGAUCAUCUUCGUAACAAGACCAGACAAGAAAAAGAUCCUGUUCUACAACGACAAGCAUUGCCAGUUUGUGGUAGACGAAGAAUUUCAGAAGCUGUGGAGGAGUGUUCCGGUGGACUCCAUAGAUGAAGAGAAAAUUGAAGAGUACUUAAAGAAACAAGGCAUCUCCUCCAUGCAAGAGACAGGACCAAAGAAAAAGAUGCCAGUUCAAAAGCGAAAGAAGCAGGCUGGGCAGAGGAAGAAACAAUUUAAGACCCACAACAUCCAUUUGGCAGGAGUACUAGAAGACUAUUCAGAUGGUGUGCCUGGAAAGAAGUGAAACAAACUGGCUCGAGUCUGAAACUGUGAGAUGGGAGUCACUGGUCACAUAAGAACAGACUUAGUGUGGCUGUUGUGUCUAAAGAAUCUAGCUUUUUACCUUUACAUUCCCUCCAGUGAUCUGUCAUUAAACAGAGCCAGUAGUAACUGUGUUGUGGAAUCCAUUUCACAUUUAUUGAUCUGUAAAAACCUAAGUGCUCUGGAGGACGAGGAUAAGGACUAAUGUUUACCGACACAGAAGACUCCGGUAAACCACAACUGUUACACCGACGAACCAUAACUGUUAAAAUGAAACAAAGUGUCAACAUGUCUUUCAUGAUUUUAUUUAUAUAAUAGCAAAAAGAUGUUUGAAAGGUUUAAUUUGAGCGCCAAGAAUCCUGGUUUUAUUUAUUUAUUUUUUUCCUAAACCAAAUUUGCGGUGAACUGUACAAACAUCACCUAGCACGAAACAUCUUCAUCUUUACUUGUUGUGGAAUUGCAGAAGAGUUAGUGCUUUUACUUUGCAGCACCAUAAUAUAAUGGUUUAGAAUACAAGGCUUUUUGAACUUAUUUUAAUAAAUUACAUGGGUACACAA